AGGUCUGGGCAUCGCUGUCUCAGUCAGUCAGUCAGUCAGUGUGGCGGGAGUGAGGAGCGGGGGGCGCGGGCUCAGACAGGCCGAGGGAUGUACACCAUCACCCGGGGGCCCAGCAGACUGGCCACCCAGCGCAGGACCGGUCCCUCCCAGCAGGUGGAAGCCAAGUCGGGGUGCGAGCUCAAGCAGAAGCCGGGGCCCUGGCCGGCGGGAAGUCGGCCGGUGCCGAAGCUGGUGUUCAGCAGAGUGAACGGGAAGCGGGUGCAGAGCCUCGGGGGCCGCGAGCCUCGGGAGGAGGAGGAGGUGCCCACUCAGGCGCACGAGGAAAACGUCCGGUUUGUUUACGAAGCGUGGCAGCAGGUGGAGGAGGAGCUGGGAGCGAGUGAGGGUCCAGACAGCAGGCACGGUACUGUGCAGUAUGUCGAGAACACGCCCAACCCCAGCCUCAAGGGUUUUGUCCCCAUUGAUUUGGAGGAGUGGUGGGCAAAGCAAUUCCUGGCCAACAUCGAGAACUCCUCGUGAAGUGUGAAGUGAGAAAUGAACUAUUUAUGUGACCCAGAGGGUGAAGUAGCUGCAUGGCAUUGGACUGACUGACGGCUCGCUCGACUCAGCGCUGCUAUGAAUGGAAAAGAAACGGACUAGCUGGGAUUCCCUGGAGAGGAGGUGGCUUGUGAACGGCGGGCAGGCCCGCUGUGUGCUGGGCGUUAGGCCGGUGAGGUUGCACAGUGUCUCUAAACACAUGCCUUAAAGGGCCACCACCCCGUCUGGCUUGUGAUUGUCACUGGAGGUACAGAGGUACUUUCCGAAUGUAGCACAGAGAAUGCGCAAAUAACAGGACCUCCUGUUAAACGUCAGGCACAGGCCCACGGAGCAGCUGGUACAUUCCCACCUUCCACCUCCGACCCUCUGUUAAGCCCACUGCUGCCAUUUCCCUCGGCUGAAGUACAGUACAAGGGCUCGUGUUACCAGCAAUUUCUGGCUUGCCAAGUCGGAAUUUACCUGUUUCGUAAAUAAACCAAGCGAUGCAGUU